CUUUGGAAGGAGUUGGUUCGGUCCAGUGAGCGGGAGGCUACAAACAGCGAGCAGCUGCAACACAUCAGCCAGGCAGAAGGUUAAACAAUGAGUGAGGAAAACUCAGCGGAGGUGAAGCUGCUGGAGGCUCAGAUCCAGGACAUGCAGGCAGAAAUUAAAGCUCUGCAGCAGCAACAUGAGGAUAACUGUAAGGAGAUCACCUUCCAGUACAGAGGACAAAUGCAGAACACUCUAGCGGUUCUGAGUGGACGGGCCCUGGACCAGGAGGAGACGGUGGUGUCCAAGCUGAAAGAGGAAGUGGAGGAGCUGGAGGAUUCUCUGAAGCUGCAGACUGAGAUUAACGGCAUCAGCCUGAACAGUUGCACCAUAAAGACCCUGCAGAACCGUAAGGAUGCAGAUCUGCCAUCAGGCAUUUUAGGCCCAGAAACCGUCCAGCAGAUUUGUUUGUCAUGUCGCAGCUCUGAGCUCAGCUUCCAGGUGGAGUUCCUGCUGUCUGAGGUCAAGAAUGAAUCAAGCUCUGAGCAGAAAAUUACUGACCUGAACCUGGUGCUGGACUCCGACGACCUGCCGGACCUCAGCAGCUUCCUGUCCAGGGUAGAGGGCACCCGGGAUCUUCCGCUGCUCUUCAGGACCAUAAGGACUUUCUUAGACAGAAGUGAUGAUCGGACCAGAACCUUUCAGCAUUUCCAGCUUUGCAGCUGUUCCCCACCUGGCCUACAGGAGGCGCUGCUGCUGAGGCCUUUCAGAGCCUGCUGAGGAUUCUGGGACCUGAAGCAGCCAUUGAAUCGAUCAUCAGAGCCGUGAGCCUUUCAGAAGACGCUGAACUGAGUGGGUAGAAGAUCCAGAAGGUCCGCUCUGGACUCUGGACCCAUCAUUGGAGGCUCAAUCAGAACUUUAUUUUUCCUCUCUUGGAUGAGACAAAACUAUAAAAAUAAAAGAUUUCAGUGGAAAUCAGCAGUCAGCUGCUGGGCCCUUAUAUCCUCACAGAGUUU